AUUAUUAUCAAAUUGUAUCAUGGUAUCGGAGCAUAGGUUUAAACCCUAGCCCUUUUUUUUCGAGACUGUGCCUUCACCGCCGGUCUCCUUCCUCUCGCCGGUCGACCAUAAACGGCAACCAUGGCUCAAUCUUCAGAUCCGCUUGCUUCGCUUCUUUCUGGUGUCAAGCUUCUUCUCCGCAAUCUCCAUAAUCUUAUCCCAGAGAAGCUCACCGAUUCAAAUUAUCCUGCAUGGUCUCUCAAUGUCAAAACUGCUCUCGAGGCCAACCUUCUUCUUGGUUGGAUCGAUGGUCAUGAAGCUGCGCCUCCAAAAAUCCUAUCCAAGGAUGGCAAGGAAAACCCUAACCCAAAAUUCCAAACAUGGAUUGUGAUUGAUACUCAGAUCCGUGCAUGCCUUCUUGCCGUCAUCAGUCCGUCUGUUCACAAGCAUGUCCGCAACUUCACCACAUCUGCCGAUCUAUGGAACGCUCUCGCUGCCCAGUAUAAUUCUGUUUCUACCGCUCACAUCUAUCAACUACGGGACAAACUUCACACACUCCGAAAAGGUACAAAAACUAUCACCCAGUACCUUGAUGAAGUUGCCACUAUCCUCACUGAUUUGGAUGCUCUCAACGAGGUUAUUCCUGAGAGAGAUGUGGUGAAUGCUGUUAUCCGAGGCCUCCCUCAUGAAUAUUCCUCCUUCAAGCAAAAUAUACGGAUGAACAAUGAGAAUAUAAGUCUCAAUCAACUCUCUGGGUGGCUAACCUCUGAAGAAAUAAAUCUUGAAAUCGAGCAAAAAUUGCGUAUUGCAGAUUCCGCCUCCGGAGUUUCUCACUCUGCACUGUAUACAAACAGCGGUCGAGGCCGCGGUCGAGGAGGACCGAACGGUCGACCGUUUUCUGGGCAAGGAUCUGGAUCCGGUCGCAGCGGUCGAAGCUACGGAAGGGGGGGAGGCCGCGGACCUUCACGCGAUCUUCCAGUAUGUCAGAUCUGUUCAAAGCGUGGCCACUCUGCUGCUACCUGCUGGUACCGCUAUGAUGAUUCUUCUACUGAGAGCAACUCGGCUACCAAUUCUCGUGUUAUGCAUGCAACCACAAGCAACCAAACUGGUGAUUGGUACCUUGAUACAGGUGCUAAUACUCAUGUUACGCAUGAUCUUUCACAGCUGCAAACUCCGACUCCCUACCAUGGGACUGAAACUAUUACUGUAGUGGACAACGAUACGAAUCUGGUGCGGUACACAGGCCCCUGUGAGCAUGGUCUCUAUACCCUUCCUUCCAAGCCUAUCCCUGUUGUGCGUCAAGCUGUCACUGCAUCCACCUGGCAUCGCCGGCUUGGACAUCCGGCUCCUGUUGUUGCCAAGUCUAUUUUGUCUACUUUAGGGUUUAAAUUUUCUGAUCACUUACAUUUAGUGUAAUUUUCGGCCAUCACAAAGAAGAGAGAAGAAAAUUAUAUUUUGUGUUCAAAGUUAUUUUUCUAAAGUGUUAGAAAUAUACACAAAAUAUUAUAAACAAAUAUUUAUAAGAUAAAUAUUUUACUAUAUAUUUAUUACUCCCAAAGUAGUAUUAUUAUAGUUUUUACUAUCCUAUAUUAAACUUGCUAGCACAAG